CCUGCGCGCAGCCGUAACCGGUGUAAAGAAGAUGGUGCUCAUCAAGGAAUAUCGUGUGGUCUUGCCAUGCUCAGUGGAAGAGUAUCAAGUUGGACAGCUUUUCUCGGUGGCUGAGGCCAGUAAAAACGAGACCGGUGGAGGAGAGGGCAUUGAAGUGCUUAAAAAUGAACCCUAUGAGAAGGAAGGCGAGAAGGGACAAUACACACACAAAAUCUACCACUUAAAAAGUAAAGUGCCAGGCUUUGUGAAGAUGAUCGCACCAGAGGGGGCGUUAGUUUUCCACGAAAAGGCCUGGAAUGCUUAUCCAUACUGCCGCACGAUUGUGACUAAUGAAUACAUGAAAGAUGACUUCAUGAUUAAAAUUGAAACCUGGCACAAACCUGACAUGGGCUCUUUAGAGAAUGUACAUGAUCUGGAUCCCACCACAUGGAAGACGGUGGAAGUCGUGCAUAUCGAUAUAGCUGAUCGAUCUCAGGUUGAACCCGGAGAUUAUAAACAGGAAGAGGACCCAGCCAUCUUUCAAUCUGAGAAAACAGGCCGGGGACCUUUAGGACCUGACUGGAAGAAAGAGCUCUUGGCUAAGCCGGACGCCCCUCGUAUGUGUGCGUACAAACUAGUCACCGUCAAGUUCAAGUGGUGGGGUCUUCAAACCAAAAUAGAAAACUUCAUCCACAAGCAAGAGAAGAGAAUCUUCACCAACUUCCACCGUCAGCUCUUCUGUUGGAUUGACAGCUGGGUGGAGCUCACCAUGGAGGACAUCCGCCGGAUGGAGGAGGAGACGCAGCGAGAGCUGGAGGAGAUGCGUCAAAAGGGGUCCGUACGAGGCACGACGGCAGCCGAAGAGUAGCCGAAUCCUUUUUAGUAACACAAGGCAGGUGGAGAGACUCCCUUCGUAAAACUGGUCAGGUUCGAGGCACCAGCGCCGCUCACGAACAAUGAGGCUAAACUUCAAGAAUCCAACCACGACGACAACUUGGCGAAAGACAUCACCGCAUCCAACCAAACCGGCCAGCGGCGGCGCAGUCCUCCACCAGCAGACUGCAGAAUGACACAGUGAUCAGUAGUACUGUACUCACACACCUGCCGACAGGGUGGACACACGCUUUAGAUUCACGCAGGUCGAUCCCGUGACUCCUACCACUUUGUUAGAAACACCAGAGUAUUGCUGUACGGUUGUGUUAUUCUGUUUCAGAAACAAAAACGACAUCAUUUCGGCAGGCAUCGGACCAAUUCUUUGUGUUUCCGUUUGGUUUGUAUCUGUUUGUAAUGGUUCUGAUCUUUCUUUUCUUGUCUGUGUUUAGUCUUUCCCCCCCCCCUAGAUGAAGCACUUCUUUUUGGUUCCUUUAAAAUCCUAAUCGCGUUGUAAUUAGUAGAUGGUCAUUUCGUAUCAGCGUAGUCCUGCCUUUCUAAGUAAAACUCGUGAUGCUGCUGCACGGCGUGCGCGUUUGUGCGGAGACACACGUCCACCUCGCAAAACCUUUUCAGCGAGUGGCUUUUGCAUGAGCUCAGGCAUGUUUUUGAGAGGGUCUUCAUGCUCUUGGGACUAAGUCCUCAGGUUCUCCUCACCAAAAUCCAGACUAAUUACCAGAGCAAAUCGCUGCUGCUGCUGCUGCUGCUUUUUCUUAUUUUUAGAGUCGCUUUAGGGCAGGCAAAGUGCUUUUAUAUCGCUAAUCUACCUGUAACGCCCUCAGGGUUCCCACGGUCUUGGAAAAUCCUGGAGAUGUCAGGGAAAAAUUGUGAUUUCCAGGCCCGGAAAAGUCUUUUGCAUACAUAAAAAAAAAAAAAAGUCAAAGUUGCAAUGCGUGUAAAGCGCGUUAACGUUGAAAAGCGUGAUGAUUCCAGUCUUUUGAUGUCUGAAGUUAUCUCUAAAUAUUUUGUUGUAGCUACUUUUCCAGGUGGAUGAAUCCCUGGUUACUGACAGGCGAACAGUGACUCCUUUCUGGAAUCCUUGCGCAUAUUAUGCAAAUGUUACUGGCGUUGUCAUGACAACAGAUUUAAAUUGGGUGUCACUACACAGGCACGGGCAGCAAGAGAUUCUAGUGCACGAGUCUCAUGGUUUUAGUGUGCACUUGAAUCUUUAUCGACCAGCCCUGCAUACUUGCAUUUUUAUUAUUAUUGUUUUUUUCUUACAAAAACAGACAUCCUGGAAUGCUUUUCUCGUGCUUUGCCCAAAACCCUUCUUUAAUGAAACCCUAAGGCAUACAUUGAUAUAUUUUAUAUAGCGAAUAUUGCAAUCUGGUUGAUGGUAGCGUGUGGGAACCCUGAGCUCUGCACCCGAACGUGUGCAUAGAUGCCUCGACAGACGCUUAGGACAAAGAGGAGAGCGCGUUUUAAAAAGAGCUCGAUAUUUGUAUAGUUUCUAUAUCGUACCGGGUCAGAGUCCUCCUCAUCUCUGGCCGUCUCUUGCACCAGCUCAGAUCAUCCAGCCUUGCAAAAAAAAAAAAAAAAAAAGAGAGAGAGAGAGAGAGUCUGCUGUUUGCACUUGACCCGCGGUGCAGGGCUGUUUUUAUCUUCUCGUUCGUUAGUAACCGGUUUUUAACACGUACGGUUCUCUGUCCCGCUCGGGAUUUUUUUAUCAUGUAUUGUGGCCAGUGCGUUAGUUUUUAAUAGUCGGGCUUUCAUGGACAGCUGACGGCCGGGGUUCGCGCAGUCGCACGCGAACCAGCGCCUGAUGUCUGCGUCGGAGCGCGUCGUGAUUGUCUAGCUAGAAGUGAUCGUCUCUUAACGUCCCUCUCAUUUCAAGGUCCACGAAUGUUCACGCAAUCAUGCAACCCGUCAGGUUGGGCCUCGGCGGCACCUUCACGGCAAUCAAGACGACGUUGUCACGUUACCUGCACUCCUCUUCUCGCAUCCGGAUGGGAGGAGUUCAGGUUUUGAUUACUGCUUCUUCUUCUUUUUUUUUCUCGUAUGUUCUCUAGAUGGUAAUCGAGCAAUCGGUGCACUGACGUCUGUUCUGACAUACUGUCUCGACUCUCACGGAUCGCGUGGUUUACUUUUGUACACGUACAUGGCUUUUAGGGUAGCGGGGACUGGGACGGGCAAGGGUUUCAGAUAUAACGAAUGAAUCAUAAUGUAAUCGAAGCGUAACUGCACACUUGGAGAAUCUACUGUUUUUCUUGGGGAAUUACACAGUGCUGUUUUUCUGUCUUUUUUUUUUCUGAUCGUUUGUUUGAAAAAUCAGGGGAAAUAUCAGUGAAUGUACAAUGGUGUGAUGAUUUUUUCUUUUCUUUUUUUUUUUUGUUUUUCUUUUUUCCUGCAGCUUUUGAAUUGGUUAUAAAGUUAACGGUAUAUCUAAUAAAUUUCGACACCAGUCA